AUGAUUAGGGCACGAGAUCUUCUGAUCUUGGCCCUCUUGGGAUUCAUCUCAUGUGCACUUGGGCUGAAAGUUUCCUCGGGCUACCACAUAGUCCACAAUCAUCCCCAAUCAUCUUUUCCCAACUAUCAUGGAUUCAGUUACCUACAAGGUUCAGCUCCAUAUGUAAUUGGGAACAGCUUGCCGACUUCUCCGGCUCCACAAAAUCCGUUUUCCUCGCCUGCCAGUCCUCCCGUAACAGCUUAUGGUUACAGCUUUCCCACUGCUGGUAUGGUGUCAUGUGCUGCUCCUCCGGCAGUUUGCGAAAAAAGUGCUUACCGCACCUUGGACGGAUCCUGCAAUCACCUGGAGCAACCCGGCUUAGGAGUGGCCAAUUCCAAGUAUGGACGCCUGCUGACUCCCAAAUAUGCCGACGGCAUUUCGGCACCCACUAGAUCCGUGACGGGAGAUGAGUUGCCCAGUGCUCGUCUUGUUUCCUUAGUGGCCUUCGGAGAACAAGAUGUACCCGAUCCGGAGUUCACGCUGCACAACAUGCAGUGGGGCCAGAUCAUGACCCACGAUAUGAGCAUGCAGGCGGGUGGCACUCAGUCCAAAAAGCAUCCCACACGUUGUUGCACCGACGAUGGCCGCCUGAUUGGCCUGGACACCGCGCACAAGACCUGUUUCGCCAUUAUUGUGCCACCCCACGAUCCGGCUUACUCCCAAGUGGGCACUGAGUGCCUCAACUUUGUGCGCACCCUGACGGAUCGGGACUCGAACUGCCAGUACCACGGUGGCCCGGCGGAGCAGCUGACGGUGGUCACCUCGUAUUUGGAUCUCUCGCUGGUAUACGGCAAUUCCAUUCAGCAGAACAGCGAUAUCCGGGAGUUCCAGGGAGGCCGGAUGAUUGUGGAGGAGCGUAACGGAGCCAAGUGGCUGCCACUUUCUCGAAAUGUGACCGGCGAUUGCGAUGCCGUUGAUGCCAGUGAGGUGUGCUACCGUUCCGGCGAUGUGAGGGUCAACCAGAAUCCGGGCCUGGCCAUUCUCCAGACGAUCCUGCUGCGUGAGCACAAUCGCAUUGCGGACGCCUUGUCGGCCCUGAAUCCACACUACGAUGAUCGCACGCUGUUCCAGGAGGCGCGAAAGAUCAACAUUGCCCAGUAUCAGCAAAUCAGUUACUACGAGUGGCUGCCCAUCUUUCUGGGAGGCGAGAACAUGCUGAAGAACCAGCUGAUCUACAAGGCUCCGUCCGGAAGCUAUAUCAACGAUUUCGAUCAUACCAUCGAUCCAUCGGUGCUGAAUGAGCAUGCGACGGCCGCUUUCAGAUACUUCCAUUCCCAGAUUGAAGGUCGCUUGGACCUUCUGUCCGAGCUGCGGCAAGUUCUCGGCUCUCUGACCCUCAGCGACUGGUUCAACCGUCCCGGCAUUAUCGAGGUGGGAGAUAACUUUGAUUCCCUGACCAGAGGACAUGCCACUCAGCCCGAGGAACUAACUGAUAUCAACUUUGACCGACAGAUCAAGCACUUCCUGUUCAGAAGAAACAUGCCUUUUGGUUCCGAUCUGCGCUCCCUGGACAUUCAGCGUAACCGCGACCACGGUCUGGCCUCCUACAAUGACAUGAGGGAAUUCUGCGGACUGAGACGUGCACACUCGUGGGAGGGAUACGGUGAUCUAAUCAGUCCACCCAUUCUGGAGAAACUGAAGUCGCUCUACCCAAGCCACGAAGACGUGGACCUGACUGUGGGAGCCUCCUUGGAGGCGCAUGUGGCCGGAGCUUUGGCUGGACCCACCUUCCUGUGUAUCCUAACUGAACAGUUCUACAGGACCAGGGUGGGAGAUCGUUUCUUCUUCGAAAACGGAGACAAGCUCACCGGAUUUACGCCCGAUCAACUGGAGGAGCUGCGAAAGGCCAGUAUGGCCCGUCUGCUGUGCGACAAUGGCAACCACAUUUCAUCUAUGCAGCCCGAAGCUUUCAGAACUGUUUCGCACUCGAAUCCGAUCUUGCCUUGCUCAAAUAUUCCUCAAGUCGACCUCACCAAAUGGAUUGAUCAAAAGCCAUAUGCCACUGUAGAUCCGUCCCACUACGGAAAGAAGUAA